AAAACCGUCAUUUGACGUAACCCGAAGGCGCGCGCGAAAAAAAAACUCCCGUGAGUGUGUACAACAACUACGUUUUUCUGACUUUACCGCAGCUUUUCACCGCGUUUUAAGUCGUUUACACGUUUUAUUUCCAGGUAUGAAUAUCUACACAGCAUCCCGCCGUGUUCACGGUUAAUAGUUUUAUUCUGUUUUCAUCGUUUUGUUCGCAUUUUGAGCGAAUACCGGUGUCUCGUGCCUGACCGUUGAGCUAACCGUUUGUUUGUAGCUUUCAGUUGUGUGCACACACACACGCACACACACGCACACACACACACACACACACACACACACACACACGGAGAUGACGGCGCUGUUGGAGCAUCCCGGUUAUGAGGAGCAGAGGCUGCGGAGCGCGGCGGAGAAGCUGCCGUGCAGAGAGCUCCAGGCGGGGAUGCUGCUGUCGCUCAUGGGGCAGCCGCAGCAGUACAGCUACCCCUCAAUCUUCAUCUAUGGCCAUCGGGCGUCUGGGAAGAGUCAUGUGAUGCAGGUUUUGCUGAAGGAACUUGAGCUGCCUCACGCCACAGUCAGCUGUGUCGAGUGUGUCUCCGUUGCGUUGCUGUUUGAACAAGUGCUGCUGUCCUUCUUUGGCUGCGACGUUGCCUCGCUACUCCCCCGCAGUCCCUCCCUGUCUGACUUUGUACGCAUCUACAGACAGCAGUGCUCCCAGACUCCUGCCAAGCAGACGCGAUACAUUGUAAUGGAAAAAGCCGAGCUUCUGAGAGACACCGAUGCUAAUCUCCUCCCGGCUCUCCUGCGCCUUCAGGAAUUGGUCGAAGACAACGUUACCGUCAUCCUGCUCAGCGAGAUCGUCUGGGACAAGUUCAGACCAAACACCGGCUGUUUCGAGCCCCUUCUGCUUCAUUUCCCCGACUACAGUAAAGCUGAGCUGCAGCAGAUUUUGUCCCAGGACAGACAUCCUUCAUAUUCUGCAGAGUUUUACUCCUCCUACAUCAACAUCCUGCUGGGAGUCUUUUACUCGGUCUGUCGGGACCUCCGAGAGCUUCGUCACCUGGCUGCCCUCAACUUUUCAAAGUUCUGUGAGCCGCUGGCAGAAGGAAAAGUUAAAGAGACUGACACACACAAGCUGUGGAGAAACAUCGAGCCUCAUUUGAAAAAAGCCAUGCAGACCGUUUACCUACGAGAAGUGUCCAGCCUUCAGUGGGAGCAGAUGCAGCAAAUGGAGGAGAAGGAAUCGGGAGCCUUGAGAGGUUUGUCUGCUCACACUCACGUUGAGCUGCCUUAUUACUCCAAGUUCCUGUUGAUCGCCGCCUACCUGGCAUCCUACAACCCCGCCCGCACAGAUAAACGCUUCUUCCUGAAGCAUCACGGUAAAAUAAGGAAAACAAACUUCUUGAAGAAAAAUGAAAAGACCAGUAACCAUCUUCUGGGGCCAAAGCCUUUCCCACUGGACCGCCUGCUCGCCAUUUUCUACAGUGUGGUUGACAGCAGAGUCGCCCCCACUGCCAGCAUCUUCUCCCAGAUCUCCUCUCUGGUGACCUUACAGCUGUUGACUCAGGUCAGUCACGACGACCAGCUCGACGCCCCGAAGUACAAAUGUGCCGUGUCUAUGGACUUCAUCUGUGCCAUAUCCAGGACGGUGAGUUUCGAUAUCGUCAAGUACCUGUACGACUUCCUGUGAGCCCGCUGUGAAUGAAGACAGAUGACACUCAGUGACAGUAAGAUAAAAGAGGGAUUCACACACUUAAAGACGAAGGACAAUGAGGAGCUGUGACUAGUGUUGAAGGAAAAUUAUUCCAAUUAUGCCACUGCCCCCUUGUGGCUGAUGAAUGAGCUUGUUUGUCUUGUAAAUACUCGUUAAAUAUUUGCAUUUGUGUAAAAUAAAUGCCAUUUUGGCAAUUUCUA